GCGGUCCAGUCUGGCUGCUGUUCAGAGCUGCUCCGGGAAACUAGAGGAUACCGAAAAUGUCCACCAGGUAUCACAAAGCAGCAGCCGAUGGCAAUUUGGAGCUCCUGAAAGAAGCCACCAGAAAAGAUCUCAACACUUCAGAUGAGGACGGGAUGACGCCCACCCUCCUGGCAGCCUACCACGGGUACCUGGAAGCUCUGGAAGUCACCUGUCGGAGGGGAGGUGAUCCUGACAAAUGUGACAUCUGGGGAAACACUCCUCUCCACCACGCUGCUUGCAACGGUCACGUCCAUUGUGUUUCAUUUUUGAUCAAGUUUGGUGCCAAUAUAUUUGCUCUGGACAAUGACCUCCGCACUCCUCUGGAGGCAGCUGCCAGCAGAGAUCGAAAUGAAUGUGUCAACAUCCUAGACAAAGCCGCCACUGAACAGUACAUGCUGAAUCCAAAGAAAGUCUCCAAACUCAAAGCGCAGGCCCACAGGAAUGCAGAGAAACAAAUCAAGGAAUGUGAGAAGCGCCAAGAGAAACACCAGCAUGAAAUGAACCAGAAUUAUAUAAAAGAAAAGCUUGGCUCAAUAAAUUCUUCUAGAGGGACACACUCCAGAGGAAAGGUGUCUAGUCUCUUUGGUUCAAAUACAACAAGUUCUUUCUCCAAAAAUCUGAAAGAUACCUUCAAACUGAAGGCAAAAAAGACAUCUGAUAAUGCAGGAAAUCAGGAAACACAAAGCAAUGGCCAAGAGGAUAGCAAGGAUAGAAGAACAACUGUCAUGGAUUUAUUUGAUGAAAAAGAGGAGGACGAAUUACUGAACGACCUUAGAGAAGUAAACUUUUCUGACAAUGACAGUCAGCUCUCUAUUUUCAAGCGGCCAGGUCUUGGCAAGAUUGUAUUUGGAAGAAAUUUGGCUGCAGAUGUAAAUCCAGAAGGCAUAUCUUCAGGGAAAGAGAGUAUAAGCUUCAAAAUGUCCAGCGAGCUCUUUCAGCAUGAAAAUGCUGAGAAUGGCAGGGAAGAUGAUGCUGGGAAUGAAGCUAAUAUUCCUUGGAAUGAGGAGGAACUUGUCUGGGAUGACGAGGAAGGGGAGAACACCCCCCUGGAGGUAUUUCUGGCAUCACAAAUGUUGGAUGAGUUUCUUCCAGUCUUCAUGAGGGAAAAAAUCGAUUUAGAUGCCCUGAUGCUAUGUUCUGAUGAAGAUCUACAGAGCAUUCAGAUGGAGCUGGGGCCAAGGAAGAAAGUCCUGAAUGCUGUGGAUAGAAGGAAACAGGCACUCAAGAACCCUGGAAAAACCACAGAUACUCGCUUAUAAACAAACAUAUCUGUUGCUGUACCCUGCAAACCGAUUUGUUAUCUUUUGCUCUUUCACAAUAACAUGCAGUUCUUCUCAGAUGUCUGCUAAAGCAAAAGGCAAAGAGAUUACCAAUUCCUUUAGCACAGACAGCAAAGCCAAAAUGCUUCUGUCUGGAUAGAGGACUGCAGUGCACAGGACAUAAAUGCAAGCAUAUGCUGCCAAAAGAAAGAAUUUGAAGGUAAAAAAACAAAUGAAAAACCCCUCUAGAUUUAAAACUCCCUCCCUGAACUGUCUUAUGGGCAUUGGAUGUCUUUUGGUCCAAAUAAUUUCAAACAUUAGCAAAGGCCAGGCACAUUGCAUUCCUUAACAAAACUCUUUCCUUCUUCAAAGCCACAAUGCCAAGAGCAUUCCCGCAGCUAGGGAGCUUUGGCUUUUCUCUGUUGGUUCCUGUUAGAUCGCCCUUCCUGCUCUUAGCAAGGCUUGAGAAAUGGAAUCCAGGUCUUGAUUUUGGCUGUCGUCUAUUGACUCUAAUAGCCUCUGAAUGAACGUAAAUAAAACUAAUUUACAACGAC